AUGGUGAACACGAACGGAUACUGCCCUGGCCCGUUCCUCCAGGAGAGCCUUUUCCCAGUUAAAGGGGGAUUUACCGAUGGACGAUUCUGCGAACCUAUUGCCGGAAUAGGUCCCAAUGGGACCACCGUAUCAUGCUGUAUACCCUGUCCACUAGCCGACUGGCGAUAUGCCGAUAAUACCGCAAAUCGAGUCAGUAUCGCUAGUUGGAUCAGUGUCGCCAUUCUCCCUCUUUGCGUCUUCCUCCUCGUCUCCUACGCCGUUCUCCCUGUCAAAUGGACCAACCGUCACUACUUGAGUAUCUGCUUUACACUGGGUAUCUGCUGCAUGGAGAUCGCAUUCAUUAUCCCCCUUGGAGCCAGACCCAAGCAAUGCUAUAAUGCCAUCACGCCUAAUGAUAUGUACACCGACCUCUCUUGCGCCUUCUCCGGCGCUUUGCUCCUCUUCGGCGGAUGGCUCGUCGUGAUUUGGAGUUUCAUUCGAACCCUCGCCUUCCACCUGCAAGUGUGUUGGGAGUUCGUGCUGGGCCCCAAGUUCAUGUGGGGAGCAUUCCUGGCCGGCUUUGGUAUCCCCAUAGUUGGAAUGACUGUGAUGCUGAUUCUCACGGGCGUGUCUUUCCGCUUCGGUGAAAUGUGCCAUAUCAACAUCAAACAUGGCUCCCAGGACUACUGGUACCCGCUCAUCUCCUUUGCGGCUGCAGCCCUAGUACUUCAGCUGGCCACCAUGGCCUACUGCAUGCACAUCUACCUGCGUUCACUAUUCGACAAAUCCGCCUCGACCACCGACAACUCCUCCGGUCUGCCCAGUUACACCAGCAGCGUGCGUACUGUCACCGCACGACAGGCCUACCGCCGUGUGCGCCGCGUCCUCCAACUCCAAUGGCGCGGCGUCGCUCUCGUCCUCAUUAUUAUCGGAAACGUCAUCUUCUUCGCCGUCGUCUUCAUCAACCUCGACAGAGACACCAACCCCACCGAGGCCAAUCUGGCCAAAGCUUCCAAAUGGCUGGCCUGCCUCGCCCUCGGCGGUGGCAAGCAAGAUUGCAAAAAAUACGCGUCAGCACUGGGGCCCAACGAAGCCACCCUCCUAGCAGUAGUCUAUCUACUCUCUCUCGUGGGAUUCUGGAACUUCAUCCUCUUCGCACGACCAUCCAUGUUCGCCGGAUGGCUCGAUGUCUGUCGACGCGGAUUCUCCUCACCUCGCGAGUUUGUCUCUGCAGACGCCCACCGCAACCUCGACAACAAGGGCUUCGAGAUGCUCACUACUUCCGCUGGAGGAAAAACUCCCGAGCCCUAUAACUACAACAUGCGCUCGCCCAGCCCAAGCCGGAUGAUGCGUUCAGCUAGUCCACGCCAGAUGAUGCGCUCGCCCAGCCCAACAAAUACCUUCAGCGGCCGCCGCAGCCCGAUGGCUGCUAGCCCGACCUCUGACCGCAAUGUGCACUUCGGACACCAGGAGGCGCGGUAUACGCGUCCGUCGAUGAGCUUCAGUGGGCCAAGACCGCCUACUUCGCCGGGGCAUGACUGGGAUCCGGCUGCAACCUUUGCACGGGGUCAUGCAUGA